AUGCGCUUAACUCUAGCACUCCUGGAAGGCUCUUUACAGCAGCACAUUGAGGGACAAGAGGUGCUGUUGUCAGGAUUGAUUGGCGUUGUUUCAUGGAAGAGGCCCCUUUCACUUGUGAUAACCUUUUUUAUGCUGCUGUCUGCAGUGUGUGUAAUGCUGAACUUGGCUGGCUCCAUCCUCUCUUGUCAGAAUGCUCAGCUGGUAAAGUCCCUGGAAGGUUGUCAGUUGAUUAAAUUCGACAGUGAUGGUGUCUGUGUGUGCUGUGAAAUGCAGCAUCAAACGUCAGGCUGCAGUAACCUGGGAGAAACGCUGAAACUGAACCCUCUGCAGGAGUGUAAUGUUGUGAGGCUGACUCUAAAGGACCUGUUGUUCAGUGUGUGCGCUCUCAAUAUCAUCUCCACCAUUGUCUGUGCUUUGGCAACAGCAAUGUGUUGCAUGCAGAUGGUUUCUUCUGAUCUUCUGCAAAUGUUUCUGCCACAGAGGCCACAUUCUACCAAUCCUGACUGCAUGACCCCACAUGGAACUAUUCUGCAUCAAACCUUGGAUUUUGAUGAGUUCAUACCACCAAUACCACCUCCACCCUACUACCCACCAGAGUAUACCUGCACACCAGUCAUAGAGGCACAGAGAGGUCUCCAUUUGGACUUUCCUCAUUCUCCAUUCAGUGCUUUAUAUGAAGUAACCAUCAACAGCCCAGGAAUGCUGUAUCCAGCUGAGCUGCCUCCUCCUUAUGAGGCAGUGAUUGGAGAGACACCUGCCAGUCAGGUCACUGGUACUGAUCAGCAAGUGUCUGAAUCAAGCGUGGGAGAGAGGAACGUGACUCUGGACUUCAGCACACAAGUUUCUGUUGAGAGCACCUCUUUGAUGGUCUCUGAGGCUUUUGAUAUCCCAGACCGUAGCUGCUCUUCUGAAGAUCUUUGUUCGCUGGAAGUUCAAGGAUCUCUCCAUUCUGCAGAUACUUCUCUCUCCUGUACCCCUAAAGGGGCUACGGACCAGAGCUGCAGCACUCUGGAUUACAGCACCAGCUGCAGGUUCCACAAAACUUGCCCAGAAAGUUUUCCCGAUGAGGAUGGCAGUUCGCACAGUCAAGCCUCUACAGACAGGCCUCAAGGACAAGAAAUGAACUGUGCCCAUGGCAGGUCUUUGGACUGUCCCUCAGAGAAUGUCAGUCCCUCAGAAAGAGAACUGCAGAGUUCUGCUCAAGAGAGCAAUCUCAUUCCACCUUUGAAGCAAAAGAAAAUCUGCUGUGGAGUCUUUAGCCAGCCUCCUGUCCCUUCCCAGAUCUCUCCCUGUUUGGGGCCUGCAAAUACUUCACCAUAUGCAAGUGGCCAGGAGGGUGCUGCCCAGCAGCAUCCUGUCACACAGCACCCCGUUGCAAAUAUAGUCCGAUCAACUAGUGACCCUGUUUCAUGUUCGUCUCACACAGAAGGUAGGUUUUCUGGUUCUCAUAUGGCUGCCUCAGCUUAUCAGCAUUCUUUGAGCAAUUUCCUAUCAAGUGGAAAACAGAGGGAUACAAGGAAGACUGAUCUACACCUAAAGCCAAAGGCUUUGCACAGAGUCUCAAAAGAUCGACCACACUCUUUAGUGGACCUUAAGGCCUAUAAAGACACCAAAAUUUUGGUGGCAAAGUUUUUGGAACAUUCAAACUGUAAUCUCCCUCCAGAAGUACGUCAUGUAGUGAACAGCAUCCGGUCAGUGAUUAAGUCUGAUGAAAGACACAUGGAAGAAGCCAUCUUCAGUGCCAAUAUUAUAGACCAGGUAAUAACAAGUUCCCAGCAGAAUGUGAAUACCUCUAGAAAGCGACUUCAAGAAGAUCUUCACCUUCAGAGCUGUGGUGCUCUGAGCUCUCCAGUUGCCUUCUUGCGUAGGUCCCACAUCUCUCGCAGCUCCGAGCGGGACAGGCCUCACAGUUUAAUUGGCGUUUGCCGGGAGACCAUUCUGUGAUGGUAUCUGCAGGUAUGUGAUUCCAGCAAAGACAAUUAAGGAAGAAACCAGGACUGGGAGAAAUAGAAGUAGUGGAUGACUUAAGAAGUGUCUUCCUUUGGAAUACCACUUUUUUUCCCAACAGCAGGAGAAGAACACUUGUUUUUCUGAAUGUAAAUUUCAGCCCUGAGUUUUGCAAAAUUUUAACUGAUUGAUUAGUGAAGACAUAAGAAAUGUUUUCCCAAACAGAAAUCCAUUUAUCUCACUGUACUUACAGAAAUGCUACUGAUGCUGCCUUGCAUUUCUUGAGAACCGUUACAAAACUGCCAG